CCGUCGCCAUUUCUGGAGCAGGUUUUUAUUAUGAUGAUGAUGAUGAUGAUGAUUUUGCACGCCGGUCCAGCUCCGGGAAGCCGGCUCGGCGCCGCCCGGGGGCUGCCCCCCUUCCCGACCCCCCCUCACCCCUCCUCCGGUUCUCCUUUCGAUUUAUUUUCCUCUUUCCAACGCUGGGUUUGAUGGUCCCCGGCUCCGGGGGGGGGGACAUACACACACACACAGCGGGCCCGGGAUGCCCCGCUUCGCCCAGAGAGGAGGCUCAGAGGAUCCCCUGCUGACUCCAGGCAGAGGAAGGCAGAGGCACAGGCAGCUCCUGGAGGAACUGGGAGCCCCUCUCCCCAUCGGGCUCCGGAACCAUGAGCAGCGCUGUGGUCCUCACCCACCUCCCAGACCCCAGCAGCAGCUUCAGGGAAGACGCCCCUCGACCCCCUGUCCCUGGGGAGGAAGGAGAAACACCAUGCCCGCAACUCGCCAGCUCGUUUCUCCCCAAAAGCCAAAGCUUCAAGGCCAUGCCGGUGCCUCCUGCCCCGCGGAGGAAUGAGAACGGACUUGGGGAGCCGGAAGGCAGCGCAUCUCCAGACUCCCCGCUGGCCAGAUGGACCAAAUCCUUGCAUUCCUUGUUGGGAGAUCAAGAUGGUGCCUAUCUUUUUCGGACCUUCCUGGAAAGGGAAAAAUGUGUGGAUACCUUAGACUUCUGGUUUGCCUGCAAUGGCUUCAGGCAGAUGGACCUUAAGGAUACCAAAACUUUAAGAGUAGCCAAAGCUAUAUACAAAAGGUACAUCGAGAACAACAGCAUCGUCUCCAAGCAGCUCAAGCCUGCUACCAAGACCUACAUAAGGGAUAGCAUCAAGAAGCAGCAGAUAGAUUCUAUCAUGUUUGAUCAGGCACAGACUGAGAUUCAGACCGUGAUGGAGGAAAAUGCUUACCAGAUGUUUUUAACUUCUGAUAUAUACCUCGAAUAUGUAAGGAGUGGAGGAGAGAAUCCUGCUUACAUGAACAGCAAUGGACUGGGGAGCUUAAAAGUUGUCUGUGGCUAUCUCCCGACCUUGAAUGAAGAAGAGGAAUGGAGCUGUGCAGACUUUAAAAACAAAAUCUUGCCUUCGGUAGUUGGGCUAUCCAGCAAGACGCUGAGGGUUACGGCGAACGUGAGAGCUACGGAAACGAUCGAGAACGGCUACAGGUCCUUCAAGAGGAACGAUCCCGUUAACCCAUACCAUGUGAAUUCUGGCUAUGUUUUUGCCCCAGCAACCAGCGCGAACGAUAGUGAAAUAUCUAGUGAUGCCCUGACGGACGACUCCAUGUCAAUGACGGACAGCAGCGUAGAUGGGAUCCCCCCGUACAGAAUUGGGAGCAAGAAGCAGCUCCAGCGGGAAAUGCAUCGGAGCGUCAAGGCCAACGGUCAAGUUUCUCUACCUCAUUUUCCGAGGACCCACCGUCUUCCCAAGGAGAUGACCCCGGUGGAGCCGGCUGCCUUCGCCGCGGAGCUCAUUUCCCGGCUGGAGAAGCUGAAGCAGGAGCAGGAAACCAUGGACAGUCUGGAGGAGAGGCUGCAGCAAAUCAAGGAGGACGAGGAGAAGGAGGGCUCGGAGCUCCCCGCCAGCCUGCAGAGCGGUCGGGAGAUGGCGAACCCCCAGCACCCGCAGCACCCGCUCUCGCUCCUGCCCUCCGGCAGCUACGAGGAGGACCCCCAGGCCAUCCUGGACGAGCAUCUCUCUCGCGUGCUGAAGACCCCCGGCUGCCAGUCGCCCGGCAUGGGCCGGCACAGCCCCCGCGCCCGCUCCCCGGACCGCCUGCCGAUGGGCAAGCCGCAGCCCGGCGCGGCCUCGCCGGCCUCGUGCGCCCUGGUGGGUAAGGGAUUCGUCACCAAGCAGACCACCAAGCACGUCCACCACCACUACAUCCACCACCACACCGCGCCCAAGACGAAGGAGCAGAUCGAAGCGGAGGCGGCUCAGCGGGUCCAGUGCUGCUGCCCGGCGGGCAGCGACUACUACUGCUACCCCAAGUGCAAGGGCCACGCGAAAAGCACCGACCCCCCUCUCCCUCCACUGGAGCCCUUUGGCAGGACGGGGACGCUGCCGAAGAGGCUGGGCAGAGGAGCGGAGAGCAUCGCCCCGCCGGCCGGGGACGGGGGGCUGCCUGGCCCCGGCGGGGUGCAGCUACCGGGGGGCGAGGCGGACCGGGCGCAGAACGUCUGGCAGUGGAUGCUGGAGAGCGAGAGGCAAAAUAAGCACAAGCCCCAUAGCACACAAAGCACAAAGAAGGCCUACAGCUCCGACUUCGCCAAGGGGGCCCCCGGCCGCCACCACCCGUGGGGGACGGGCAGCCACCCGCGUGGGGCGCAGCCCGCCCACCCCUUCGUCCAGGACCCCGCCAUGCCCCCCCUCACCCCACCCAACACCCUGGCGCAGCUGGAGGAAGCGUGUCGCCGGCUCGCCGAGGUCUCCAAGCCGCAGAAGCAACGAUGUUCAACCUCAAAUCAGCAGAGGGAUCGAAACCACUCCGCUGCCAUUCAGGGGGGAAACACCCCUUUCUGCAAUGCAAGUCUAACGACAGAAGAUCACAAAGAGCCAAAGAAACUGCCAGUUGUUCACACCUCUCAGUCAAGUGAGUUGGUUGUCACUUAUUUUUUUUGCGGAGAAGAAAUUCCCUACCGGAGGAUGUUAAAGGCCCAGAGCCUGACACUUGGGCACUUUAAAGAACAGCUGAGCAAAAAGGGAAAUUACAGAUACUACUUCAAAAAAGCAAGCGACGAGUUUGACUGCGGUGCGGUGUUUGAAGAGAUUUGGGAAGACGAAACCAUCCUGCCGAUGUACGAAGGAAGGAUUCUUGGGAAAGUAGAAAGGAUCGAUUGAUGGCAUCUGUGUUUCUUAAGAAAAGUUAAGCUAGAAAAGUCUUUGGACACACAACAGUAGUGAUGACAAGGAAAGUAAAAAAAAAAAAAAAAACAAACUCUGAAGGAAAGUUUUGAACCAAUGAAGAAAAAAAGUGAAGUCUAUGAAGACUUUGCUGAAUUAGCCUUAGAGGAAAAAAAUGGCAUUUAUUAUUCAUGAGUUGGGUACUGAGAUGAUAAAACCCCUGAACUAUUUAUUAAAAACAUGACCACUGUUGGCUAUUGGAGAUGCAGACCGUGUUUGAGAGACUUCCAUACAUAAUAUAUGAUUUCCUGGGGAUCUGAAAUGUAUGGACUAAGAGAAACUGUGUAUAGCUUACCUUAACAGUAAUCCUUAUUGAUAUUUAUUGAACAGUCUGUUUUCCCUUAAGUCCAGUUUUUGGAUAUGCUGCUUUAACAAUGGAGAAGAGAGGGGCUGGGAAGUGGGGUGUUGGGAGGAAGUAUUAUUUUAUUUUUUUAUAUCGUUCCCACUAUCUAAAAUUUAGGAGUUUGGCUAUGAGCGCAUCUGUGAUUUUUUUUUUUUUUUUUUUUAAGGGGGAGGAGGGAAGGAGUGACAUGCCCCAUAUUUCUCCAAGUGAAGAUAAAACUUUUCUAAAGAAAUAAUAAUAAAAGCCGAAAUAAAAAUACUGUCCUACCAUUCAUCUAGAGACCGGUGCAUUUUAAUCUAUGCUGCUCUAAUUUGAAAUAAAGGUCUUAAGCGUUAAAUAUGUUAGAUGCAAUAUAAGAACAGCAACUUGUUAUUUUGUCCAUGGAUUUCUGCGGUGUGAGGUUUUUGCUUUGCUGCUGUCAGUGGUGAGGGUACCGUGUGGUGGCCAGUGCCUCUCUCGGUCGAGGCAAGGUAGAGCAAAUCCCUGAGCCUGGGAGAGCUGUAGAAGAAGCCAUCCAGUCCCCGUUUCCAUUCUUAGCACACCAAAAGGACACGCUGCAAAAGCCAGGUUAAAAAACCCGUAUGUAUUCCACAUAGCUAGCUAAUUUUUUUAGCCAUUCUACUUCAAUGUUAGCACAACUUGUAUUUCAACGAUGUGUAACUACGCUGGGGCAUAUUUUCAGAUUGGUGUGGAGCGCGUGAUUCGUUGUGUGGUGGUUUUUGGUUUGGUUUUUUGGUUUUUUUUUUUUGCCUUACCUUCACAACACCCAUGUGAGCCCGUGGGAGAUGUGGGCGAAGGCUCUCUGCAGCCCUUGGCAGAGCUUCGUGUGUGCGUGUGCGUGGGUGUUGGGACAGAGCGACCCUUUCCCGAGAAAGACCUUGCAUUUCUACAGUUGGGUUUUGUGUUGAUUAAGUUAAUCUGUGCAUUCUGUUUGCCAUUGCUACUUUGUAUAAGUCUGUAUAUAUUGUAGAAAAUGUAUGGUGAAAAUAUUAAUACACUAUCUCUAGUGUUUUUAAAAUUUAAUCAGUACAGUACCUGUGCCUGCAUGGUGUUACGAGACCAUGCGUCGCCCUAUAUUCAGGGUUCAAGCUUUCCCUUGUUUGUUUAAGGGGUUUAUGUAUAAAUAUAUUUUAUGCCUUUUAUUACAAGUCCUGUACUCAUGACUUUUGCCAUGGCAUUUUGUUCUACUUAUACUGUAAAUUAUGCAUUAUAAAGAGUUUCAUUUAAAAAAAAAAAUUACUUGGUACAAUAAUUAUUGUAAUUAAGAGAUGUAGCCUUUAUUAAAAUUUUAUAUUUUUCAAA